UGUUAAGCUGGGGGCGGGAAAAAGGAGAGAGCGGGAAGGGCUAGAAGGAAAUGGUGGAGUUUUUUCUGUGUUUGGGACGAGAUAUAGUUUUUGUAACUACGUAGUCCCUGGGUUUGGGGGAAAAAAGCUUAAAAAGCGAUGGCGUAUGUGUGCGGUGAACGGACAGUGAAUGUGCUUAUAUACCCACUGGGUUUUACGGUUCCUAAAACGCCAUUCGCAAGAAUAGGUUAAUGUUAGCUUGCCAACGCGGGGAGCUGACGCCAUGAUAGGAGUGGACCAGUCGAAAGCUAAGCGAACGGCGAAGUUUUCACAGUGGAAUAACCAAGGGGACUGACGUCCGUCCGGAAGAACGAGAGAGGGGCAGCGGUGGAUUUAGAGCGUUGUGGCUCGCCACCACACUGCUUUGUGAGAACCGGCGUGGGACGUGCACUGGAGGGGACUUUUGGACACCUGUUCGCCUCGUGGAGAGGAUACAGCUACUUUUUCCAACUCAAGAAACAGGCCUGCAUCGUUCAGUUAAUGGGUACCCAUUUCGUUUAAUUCCAUGUGAAAUCGAUGUAAUGUUAUUCUCGAUUUAUUUUCCAUUUGUUCUGUGGUUUAGGGUUAUACAAUGUGUAAGGAGUUUGUGGGGUACGGGACUGAUUUAUAUUAAAUUGUGUUAUAUUUAAAUUGUGAUUGUUGACUGUAUUGCGGGGGAAGGUUUUACGGGAGGGAAAGGGUGUGUGCGUUUCAUAUACAAGUGAACGGGACAAAGAGACAAAGUGGUAGUAACAUAUGGUAUAUUUGGGGUCAGUUUAAUAUAUACGUAUUAUGAACCCAGUGUUCUGCCGCAGCAACCUCGGAUUUAGUUAGACCGGGGAGGGUAGGGAGCGCUACACAAGUGGGGGCUCAUCCGGGAUAUUGUUAUAACACUAGUCUCUUUGAUACUGUUUCCUUUGUUGAUACUGUUUCCUUUGUAAGGAUAGCUAGCCAUGGAUUUGAGAUCCCAUCCUGUAUUGCAAGCUGAACUAGGUGUUUGGUGCGGUGAAGAGCUGGUGGAUCCCAGUCACGCUAUCUUACUACUUGGAGUGCCAGCAGAGGCUGAAAUAGAGCACAUUGAGGCCACUGUGGAGACUGUCAAAGUCUUAGGUAGAGUGAGAGUUCGUAGUACUAAGCCUGGUCCUACCCAAAACACCAUGUCAGUGCUGUGUGAGUGUCGGGAGAACAUAGACGUCACGCGCCUACCCACUACCCUGAAACCCUCAGGUGGUGAUCAAACAUGGGAAAUUGUAGCUGGUAAAAGGCCUGAUCCCACUGCUUUUAGCACAAAGCUGAGUGACUUUUUGUUGAGUGAAGGAAAGUCUAUGAGUGACCUUCAGUCUAUGUUUACCUCUCUGUCCACUAGUGCAACUUCUCCGGAGUCCAUCAUUCGAGCUAUGGGGGAGGUAUUAGAGAAGUCAGCCAAGCAAUCUACUGACAGUAGUUCUUAUAGAAGGCUGAGAGUGUUUUCAGGGAUUUCACCCACGCCAGUCGGUGAAGAAACUGUGGAGCAUUGGUUGGAGCAGGCUCAGCUCAUGAUAUCAGAGUGUGAAUGUUCUGAAAAAGAAAAGCGCAGACGCAUUAUGGAGAGCCUAAGGGGCGCCGCCUUUGAAAUGAUUAAAGCAGUGAGACUCUCUAAUCCGGAUGCUUCCUCUAAGGAGUAUGUUGAUGCUAUAGAAAGUGCUUUUGGUUCUUCUGAGUCUGGGGAGGACCUUUAUUUUGCUUUCAGGAUGCUCCGCCAGCAGACUGGUGAACUAUUGUCAGAUUUCCUUCGUCGUAUGGAGAUGACCCUUUCACAAGUGGUAAAAAGGGGUGGUUUGGCUCAUUCUCAUAUGAAUAGAGCCAGAGUAGAACAGCUAAUUAGAGGUGCGGUUCAAUCUGAUAUAAUGCUAUUACAGUUGAGACUUAGAGAGAGGAAAGAGGACCCCCCUACUUUCUUAACUCUUCUCAAUGAGAUACGGGAAGCGGAGGAAAUUGAAGCAGCUAGACACAAAAUUGAUGCCUCAGUGAAACAGGUGAAAUUUCAGUCAGAGGGGAGCACCAGCCCAUCUGUGGUUCAGGAGCUUAAGGCUGAGAUCUGCGAAUUAAAAGCUAGACUUGGGGAGGUCUCCAAAGAGCCCACACUGCCCACUAAAUUAUCGGAAGAUAAGAAGAAAACGCUUACCAAAUGUUCUGAUAAUGGUGGAGAGUCCGAGAUGCAAUUCUUGAAGCAACAAGUAGAGCAGUUGCAACAACAGAUCACUGUUAUGAAGGUUGGGAAAAGCACAGAGAAUGCACCAGAAAAUGUGUCAGUAAAGUCCCAAUCUGUUAUGAGUAGAGAUGACUUCUUUUGCUACCGGUGUGGAGAAGAUGGCCACCUCUCUGCAAAAUGUCAGGCUGCUGAAAACCCUUCCCAAGUUAUCUAAAAACUGCUUCGGUCUCUUCAGAAAGCCAAGCGAGGGAAGACCUCCCCACGACCCGAUGUCAGCAAUAAAGUUUGUUUCUCAAAGAAGAGCCAGGUGAGCGAAGA